GCAGAUUGCUCACCAGAGCUGCAGGCAGUGCUUUUCCACCAAGAUGCUUUCCUCAAACGCAAGGACCAGGGAGCUAAAUGGCACUUGUGCCAGCUCAGUGGACAUGGAGCUCUUCCUCCAUUACUCCCUCAUCCCGUCACUUUUCAUCAUUUUGGUCUUGUCCCUUCUCCAAAGACGAGAGCACCAUAGACAGAGAGAUGACGCUUCUUACCUCCUGGGGAACCGCUUCAGAAUGAUCAUACCUCUGGACUUCGUGGGCACUUUUCGUAACCGAUGGUCCUAUGGAGUAGCCUUUGGGGCUACAGCCAAUAAGGUCAUGUUCUUAUUCUCAGAAGGCUACCAGCCCCUGCAAGUCCCACAAUGGGCCCAAGCCUUUGUGCUUCUGAUCGGAGGCAUCGAAGUCGGCCUGUCCCACUUCCCCUUCUUUGCUUGCCUCUCGUCGGAGUUCCGGCUGGUCAGCUCCAUCCUGGGGUUCAGCUACUCUCUGAUCUGGUUUGCUGUCACCACCCUUCACAUCACACAGUGUCCCCAUGGGCAGUUUGUGGGGAAGUAUGAGACUGUUGUGUUCUACUGGCCCUCGCUGCUCUGCCUGGCCUUCCUUCUGGGCCACUUCCUGUACAUGUUUGUCAAGUCUCUGAGGGUCCACCUGGGCUGGGAGCUCCAGACGGAAGAAAAGCCUUUCCUGGAAGUUCACCAGGCAGAGCACGUCAAACAGCUCCUGAGGAAGUGCCCCCUGCAAGAGAGAGAAAAGACUUGGUUCCAAACCAAGAUAUAUGAGUGGGACCCUUACUUUCAGUUCCCAAGCAGGAUGAUUGGAACCACUGUGUUGGCUUUCAUCUGCCUGUACCUUUUCAUUGUCAUUGAGUUCUGCAUGUUCGUGUAUGUGAGAGAUGAGCUGGAUGUGUUUGAAGGCGAAUUGGAGAGCUACGUCGCCUCCAUGAACCAGACGGGUACCCUGACCCCAGUCCUCCUGCAGGUGAAAGAGCUGAUUAACGUCACCAAAGGAGUCUGGGUGGUGACCAUCUUGCCUGCCUCCCUCACGUGUGUGAGCUACCUGUUUCACAUCUUGGCUUGUUACAGGAAGCAAAUGAAGAGGUUGUGGGCAGGAGAUAAACACUUUCUCCCUUUGAAGUUCCAUAAUCCUUCCUCGUCAGAGAGUGUGGUGGCCAUUGCAAGGUACUCUGGCUGGCAGAUAGCUUAUAUUCUGUGGGGCUACCUCAUCAUCCACGUGAUGCAGAGCCUGUGUGGCCUAGUGAUCAUGUACAGCCUGGUGCUACCUGUCAUCCACAAUCAGACCCUGGAGAUGCUCCGAGGACUGGGCAUCGGGAUCCUCACCAUAUCCAUCGUCCUGGGCCUCAUGGUCCUGCAGGUAUGGAUCGCCGCCAGCUUCUUCCUGCAACCAAAGAUGGGAACAGCUGACAAGCAGAAGCCCUUGGCUCUCAAUAACAGGAGAGCAUUCCACAACUUCAACUACUUUCUGUUCUUCUACAACGUGCUGCUGGGCCUGGGCGCCUGCCUCUCCAGGCUUCUUAUCAGCUGCAUCCUGGGCACGUGGCUGAUCGCCCGCAUCGACAGGACCAUUCUGCAGAGUGGCUGUGAGAGAGCAGACAUGGGGUUCAGUGCGUGGAUUGGCAUGCUCUAUGUGGAUCAUUAUCACACCAACCCUGUGCUCGUCAGCUUUUGUCACAUCCUGAUCACAGGCCACAGAGAGAGGAGGCUGCAGCAGGCCAUCAAAUACUGGUACCCAAAUCAGUCAGCAGGUCCCCGCACCUCAGUGAGGUCCAGGACAAGGUGGCUCCUGCUGCAGACCCUGAUCAACAACCCCAGACUGGUCACGCUCAGAAAAUCAAGGCCAGGCCAUGGCUCCCGGGACUUACCCAGAUUCUGUUGAUGUGCUCGGAGAGCUGACGUUGACCUCCCACAUUGCGACAAGGCCAUUCCAGGACAUCUGCCCCUGAGAAGGCCCAGGCUACCCAGCAGCUGUCCCCUGCAGUGUGACGGGAUGCACAGGCGCUGUCCACACAGAUGGCAUACAGGCCGGCAAUUCAUGGGAUGGCACUUGGGCUGAACAAUGAAGUCUCAGGUCUAAUUCAUUCCCUUGGUAAAAAGAUCAAGAACUAAAGAGAAUUUCUGUUGAACAAACUUUGCCCAAUAAUGAUUUCCACUCUCCAUGGUUAGGAGGCAGCCUUGGGGAGAUCCAUGUUGAGACACACUUAAUGUAGCCACAGGGCAGAACUUUGUGUCACUGAAAGAGGUGGUAAAUUUUUUUAUAUCAGGAGAGUUUAACCAUGUGGCACAGUUUUUCUCUGGGAGAAAGUAUGGCCUUAAUCCAACAGGGUCCUCGUUGUUUCCUCCUUUCUAGGUCUUAUGGUGGUGGGAGAGAAGGAAUCCACGAUCCCAGCCUCCAGUCUGGUGGGUGAGCAGACACACACUGAGUUCUCUCUCCCACAGCCACUGGGAUGGGGAACGGAUCAGAACUGACCUGGGCCUUGGUCACAAAUCAGAUGUACAGAUUCUCUCUGACAAAGAGGGCAUUCCCUGAGAAAGCCACUUGUCUGAGGAGGCAGAGAUGGGAUGGGCAGGCAUGUAAGGUGGGGGACAACAGGAGCAAAAGUGUGGGCGCAGGUUUGAGGAGGGCGAGCCCUCUGGUGUAUGCAGGGCAUGGUGCUGGGGGCUGGUUAGAGCAUCCAAGGGGGUCCAGGUGCCCGGUUGAGAAGCCUGGACCUUUCUCUUUGUGCAGGGGGCCCAGUACUUACCCAGAUUCUUCAUUCCCCAGCAUAAGAUCUCUGAUAAAUGGGGGCCUGUCACUCACAAAACCUGUGCAAGUACCAGGAGGACUCAUAGGGUGAGGGAAGUCCCCAUCCACCUCACAAAUCCCAGAGCCAUUGAAAUCCAGUAAUCAUUGAGUACCUUCUGUAAGCCCAGUCCUUUGCUAGAUGUGUCUGCCAGACGUAUCUCUUUUAACUUUAUCUCUGCAACCAAGCUUUGUCAUUCUGCUUUUUGAAACUAAGGAAACUGGGACUCAGAGUAUCGGGAUCCCCCCACCACCACUUUCUAGCUGUGUGACAUUGGCUAAGUUACCUCACCUUUCUGUGCUUUCUUUCCCCUACGUAUUAAUAUAAAAAGGGAAUGAUACCCGCAACGCCAAAAAUUAUUUUGAGGAUAAAAUGAGUUAAUAUACACCAACACUCCUAAGCUAGUGCCUGACAUAUCCUAAACUCUCAAUAAAU